GGUGUGUGUGUGUGUCAGUGGAGGGCUGGCUCUAAGCUUUUAAAGUGCGGAGCUCCAGUCUGGACCUUCCCUCGCCGCGUCCCCAGCGCCCCCAGUAGUUCGGCGGCUCACCGCUGCUUCCAGACCCUGUCACCUCCACCCACUGGUCCGGACACAUCGGCAGCGGCUCCCCCUCUCCUCUCCGCCGCGGUGCGCCUCGGACGCGCUCUUCUCUCUUCAGGAUGGACUCGUCUCCUUGUCUUCACCUCUCGCUCCGACUGUGACGCUGCUGUAGUUUGGUUGGAGUUCGUGUGGAAGCAGCGGAUCCACUGGUUUCUUCUUCUUUGUUACCGGACUGCCGCUGCACUCUCACCCCCGGGCUGCAGCUCCGAGAUGGGAAUGUAUUUGCAUCUGCUGCUUUUGCAGUAUUAUCUCCUGACGAGUUUUGUGUGCAACGCCGUCGCCUUCGUGGAGGAGCCCUCCGGAGGCAGGUCGGACGGGUACUGCGGGCGGAUCCUCCGGGCUCAGACCCAGGGGACCCGGAGGGAUGGAUACAACGAGUUCAGGCUCAGAGUGGAGGGGGACCCGGAGACCUACAGGCCUGGCAGCACCUACAGAGUCGUCCUCCUGACAGCCAGCCCUGCUUUUUUCAGAGGUUUCACCCUCAUCGCCCUGAGGGAGGGCCGAGAGGGCACCACGGCCGACGACUACACCGGACAGUUCCAG